GUUUGUGGAGGUUAGACAUUCUCUCUAUAGUGUCAUGGAACUUAUUCUGGGUUCUCUGGUUUUCCUCCACAGCGACAAACAUGCUAAGGAUAUUUGGACAUACCAAAUUCUUUGUAGGUGUGAAUGUGUGCGUGCCCUGCGAUGGGCUGGUGCCCGAAUCCUGGUUGCUCCCUGCCUUGCGCCCACUGUUUCUGGCAUAGGCUCCGGACCCUGUAUAGCAGGGAUGCCCAACCUUUUGAUGACCACAAACUGAUUUAUGUUGUGCAGAAACCUGGGGGAAGGAUAUCAGAUCGAUUGGCAGGGAAGAUUUAGGAAGUGAAAAUAAUAAUUUAAAAAAAUCUAUGAAGAAGGAGGAACAUGCUACUAUGGAUGGCAUGUAAGAAACCCCAGAUAAAAUCUGAAGUUCUGAAGCUCAAAGGAUAUUGUUAUUAGUCUGCAUUUGUGUUGGGCUGAUGGAUAAUGGAUGGAUGGAUGAUGACUCAGAAAAAAGAGGCACACUAUCAAAAUCCUAGUAUAAAGAAUCAACUGGCUGAUAUACCUCAAUCAAGUUUGUGUGAAAGCACAACUAGAUGGUGGAAAACUGAGGUACUAGUGGUCUGGAUGUUCUUUUCUCCAACUGAUUAUAAAGCUUUGCACCUGUUGUUGCUGUGAAUGCUACACUGGGCAGACUCCAUCCAUGACUUGAACUCGCAGCUUCAGCAGCCAAUGGGUGCUAGGCGAAGACAACAAGAGCUGACGAGGGAGAAAGGUCCACCAUCCUUAUCAUCAUGGGAGCAUUGCUGGAAGACAAUCCCCAAGGGUGGGGACCUGAGGCUUAAAGUUGUACACCUUGGGGAGAAGAUUGUCUGCAAACAUAUGACGUGUUCAAGCUAAGGUAUGGAAUGGGGAGCAAGAAGAGAAGGAAGAAGCAGAAAAUAGCCACCCUGACUAGUUUGGCUCCUGCCAUAUCUACUACAGAGAAGCAAUGACAACAACUGCAAUAAAUACAGGGCAAGAAAGCUUGUGCAGAGAAUGUCCCUGUGACCCCCAUCUACCCUUCCUCAAAGCUGUACCACCAGAUACGUAGCUUCAGUCCUACAAAGGGUGCUAAUCCCAUGGAUCUAACCAAACAUUUACUUUGAUUUCAACUCCAUCUGUGGUGUAUCUUCAAAAUAUCCUGGAAUACAGUGCACUUAGAAAGAAGAUGGAGAGACCCAAGGACACUUCACCAGAAAAAUAAAAACCAUGUCUGUACUGAGAAUGAAGCUUGAGUGUGUCUACUCUACAAAGUCAAGACCAUUCCCGUGGCUCUCUGUUCCAUGGAGCAGAACCUUUCAGGUAGGUCCUCACCCCUUCUGAAAUGGACUUACCGUGUGAGGUAUAUCUGCUGGUGGGUUUGCUCAUCUGCCUGGCCUUGCAGUCCUGGGCACAGGAGAGGGAAUAUACAGUUCGAGAGGAGUUGCCGGAGAAUGUGCGGAUCGGGAACCUUCGCAAAGACCUGGACCUGGCCCUCGACCCAGAUGUCAAGCUCUCCUCACCCUUGCAGUUCAAGCCCGUUUACAAGACUGGGGACGUACCUUUAGUGAGAGUGGAGGCGAGCUCUGGGGACAUCUUCACCACCUCCAACCGCAUCGACCGUGAGAAGCUCUGCUCUGGCGUCUUCACUGAAAAGCGCUGCUUCUAUGAAAUCGAGGUGGCUGUGCUGCCCGAUGAGAUUUUCCGCCUCGUCAAGAUCCGCUUUCAGAUAGAGGACAUCAAUGAUAAUGCCCCACUCUUCCAGUCCACGGUCAUCAACAUUUCCAUCCCAGAGAACACAGCCAUUAACUCCCGUUACCCUGUGCCCUCUGCUUUGGACCCAGAUGUGGGAAUCAAUGGGAUUCAACACUACGAGCUUGUAAAGAGCGUGACUGAAUUUGGGCUUGACAUCAUCGAGACUCCAGAAGGUGACAAGUGGCCUCAGCUUAUUGUUCAACAGAGCCUUGACCGUGAGCAGAAGGACACGUUUGUGAUGAAGAUCAAAGUAGAAGAUGGAGGGACUCCCCCCAAGUCCAGCACAGCCAUUCUGCAGGUCACCAUUUCAGACGUGAAUGACAACCAACCGGUGUUUAAGGAGAAUGACGUGGAAGUGCAUGUCCCAGAGAAUGCUCCAGUUGGCACUUCUGUCACUCAGCUCCACGCCACAGAUGCUGACUUGGGAUCCAAUGCACAGAUCCACUUCUCCUUCAGCAAUCAGAUCUCUCCUGCCACCAAACAGCUCUUUACCAUUGACAGCACUACUGGACUGAUCACGAUAAGGCAGCAGUUGGACAGGGAGGUGACUCCAGUUCACAAGCUCAUUGUGCUAGCGAGCGACGGCAGCUCCACCCCUUCCAGAGCCACAGUGACAGUCAAUGUCACAGACAUUAAUGACAACGUCCCAUCCAUUGACACACGCUAUAUAAUGAACCCUGUCAACGGCACUGUGUUGUUGUCAGAAAAUGCUCCUCUUAACACUAAAAUAGCUCUAAUUACAGUGACAGACAGGGAUGCUGAUCUGAAUGGAAAAGUGACAUGCUAUACCGACCAUGAUGUCCCAUUUAGGCUGAAGCCUGUUUUUGACAACCAGUUCCUAUUAGAAACUGCAGCUCCUCUCGAUUAUGAGACGACAAGGGAGUAUGCCAUCAGGAUAGUGGCCUCGGAUUCUGGAAAACCUCCUUUAAACACCUCGGCUAUGGUCCUAAUAAAAAUCAAGGACGAAAAUGACAAUUCGCCCAUCUUUCCUCAGCCUGAAAUCCAACUCUCCAUUCCAGAAAACAAUGACCCCUCUACGCAGCUCAUAAAAAUCAGUGCCACCGACGCAGAUAGUGGCCGCAAUGCAGAGAUUUCUUAUACGCUGGGUCCCAAUCCACCUGAGGCUUUUAACAUUGAUCGGCGAUCAGGUAUCCUUUCCGUUGGGAAAAGACUGGAUAGGGAAAAGCAGGACAAGUACUCCUUCACUGUUGUGGUGAGGGACAGCGGCUUGCCACCUCUUCAGAACAAUGUCACCGUGAAAGUCAUAGUGCAAGACGUUAAUGACAAUAGUCCAGCCUUCACGCACCCAGAGUAUAACUUUUAUGUGCCUGAAAACCUGCCCUUACAUGGAACAGUAGGCUUGAUCACAGUCACAGAUGCAGAUGCUGGUGAUAAUGCUGUGGUCACACUGUCCAUAUUGAAUGGCAAGGAUAACUUUAUCAUUGACCCAAAAACUGGUGUAAUCAAACCAAACAUUACAUUUGACAGGGAACAGCAAAGCUCCUACAGCUUUGUGGUGAAGGCAGUGGAUGGAGGUCGACCGCAAUGUGUCUCGUUUGCUAAAGUCACCAUCAAUGUUGUAGAUGUAAAUGACAACCGGCCAGUUUUUGUUAUCCCCUCAUCAAACUACUCAUAUGACCUCGUUCAGUCUACAACCAGCCCUGGGUCUGUGGUGACAAGAGUCUUUGCCAUAGACAAUGACACAGGAAUGAAUGCAGAGCUUCAGUACAGUAUUAUUGGGGGAUCUCCAAAGGGCCUGUUUGCCAUUGACAAAACAACUGGAAACAUUACUUUGCAAGAAAAGAUUGUCCCGGCUGAUCAGGGCCUUCACAGACUGGUGGUUAAGGUCAAGGACCUGGGGCAGCCAGAGUCCUUGUAUGCCAUUUCCCUGGUCCAUUUAUUUGUGAAUGAAACAGUGUCCAAUGCCACCUUCAUUCAAGAGCAACUGCGCAAGAGUCUUGAGACCCCUUUAGAUCGCAAUGUCGGUGACAAUGAGGUUACACCUCAUGCUAACAGCUACAUUAUUGUCGUCAUCGCUAUCAUUGCAGGCACGAUGACGGUCAUCUUGGUCAUUUUUGUGACUGCUCUGGUGCGCUGCCGUCAGACGCCAAGACACAAGGUGGUUCAGAAGGCCAAGCAGAGUGGCGAGUGGGUGUCACCCAAUCAAGAGAAUCGUCAAACGAAAAAGAAGAAGAAGAAAAAGAAGAGGUCUCCAAAGAGCCUCCUGCUGAACUUUGUCACGAUUGAAGAAUCAAAGCCAGAUGAUCCUUCCCAUGAGCACAUAAAUGGAACCUUGGACCUCCCAGUAGAGCUGGAGGAGCAGACCAUGGGAAAAUACAAUUGGGCCACCACACCAACCACCUUUAAACCUGACAGCCCAGACUUGGCGAAGCACUACAAGUCUGCAUCCCCUCAACCAACUUUCCAAAUUAAACCAGAGACCCCCGUCGCUCCCAAGAAACAUCACGUCAUUCAGGAUCUCCCGCUGGACAACACCUUUGUAGUGGGCUGUGACUCCCUCUCAAAGUGCUCCUCCAACAGCUCUGACCCUUACAGCGUUUCAGAGUGCAGCUGUCAGGGAAGUUUCAAGAAUCCUGGGCAGAUCCACACCCGCCAGAACCGGGGCCAGCAUCCAGACGCGUCAUUUCCUUCAAUCCAACCCACAUGUCCACAUAAGACACAGCGGCGCGUGACCUUUCACCUCCCAGAUGGCUCCCAGGAGAGCUGUAGCGACAGCGGCUUAGGGGACCAGGAGCUGACCAGCUGCACCAGCACAACCCAACCUCUCCCACUGGGCUUCCCUCAGGAGGAGUUCUAUGAGCAGACCUCCCCCAACAGCCGUACAGAAGGAGAUGGUAAUUCUGACCCCGAAUCCACCAUCGAGGUGAACCUGCAGAGGGCCAUGGCUGAAGCAUCGGAAACCUGCACGCAGGAGUGCCUGAUCCUUGGCCAUUCUGACAGCUGCUGGAUGCCCCCAGCGCUGACCCAGUUCCAGCCUUCCCACAAUGCCACUUUGCCGAAUUUCAGCUUUCAGCAGGGCUGGUCCUGUGGAACCAAGUCCGAUGGGUGCCACACCCUCGGUAGAUCCAUGCCUAAAGAUGAACUGGACAAAGGUAGUAACCGGCCCCAGUUCUACAACACCAUCGAGAGACACUGCAGCAACAAGGAAGACCCUGUCAAGGUCAUCCCCCUGGCAAACUUUACACCAUCUGCACAGCAGUCACCGGCCACUGGGGGCACCAGCGCCUUCAUUCAUGAGCAUCAGCUAUAAAACGCCCCAUGAUUGGUGGGCAGUGGCAUGCCUGUGGCUUGCCCCUUCAUGUCUGUGCCACAUACCAGCUUGUGUAUAUUUGGGGAAUACAAAAAAGAACCUUAAACUUAUAAUAUUGAUGAAUAUUAUAUUAAGGUUAUUGAUUACUAUAAAAGACAGUUGCUGUAUACUGUAUAUCAUGCUCCAUAAAGUAAGUACCUGUAAAUAAAAAGUAGUUCUAAACCAAAGUAGCUCCUCAUCUUACGAAGAGGGAAAAAAGGUACUAUGAGUUCAUUCAUUUAAUGUUUAAUGAUUAUUGUUAAAGAUACACGUAGACUGAAAUGCGGUGUGUGAUUAUGGCCCUUUGAAAAUGUAACAUCAUAAUAGAUAAAUACCUGCAGGGAUGGCUGGAAGCUAUUUAAAGAAUCCUUAGUAAAAAUAAAUAUAUGAAAUAAAGAAAUAAACAAACUGCAAAUAAAUAAGGCAAAAUAAAAUUUGCUAGCAGUGUUUGGGCACUGUGUAGCCGUUCACUCUGCUGGGACUGUGACUCGCAUCGGGGCAAUCAGCAAAGCAUAGAAGCCCUGUUGCCCUGGUGAUUCCAGAUACAGUACCAGUCUAUAUUUUGUUCUCAUGUGAACAAACCACUGAAAGUCACGUUGUUUUUUUUUUUUGUUUUGCAAUAGGAUUGACUAGUUAACCCCAGAUUAUCACCAUGGCAUCUAUUUCUGACCUUCACCCCUGCAUAUUUUUAGAGCAUUUUAUUAGUGCAUUGGAAGUUAAAGGAAUUGGGAUCCUUUACUACCCUUUUAAUGAGAUUUUCUUUGUGUACAAUUUUUGGAUCAUAAUAAGUUCUAUGGAACCAAUUACAAGAAUCUCCCCAUUGUAUAAUUACUUUGAUCUGUAAUUACCAGGAUGGACAUAGUUGCGGAAGAGUGCACUUUGAGAGUUUAAUUGGCCUUUAUUUAUUUUCCACUUUAAUCCUAUGAUUUGCGUUGUAUCUCUCUUUUCACACUCACUACUGAAAGAUAUAUUAUUGUUCACUUAAAGAAUAAUCAAAUUUCCAUUAAUCAUAAAACUUAAUCUCAACAAUACUGUUAACAUCUAUGAUCACUGUAAUAAAUAAAACAUUGCUUAAUAGUAUGUCCCCAGCCUAAAAAAAAUAUUAGCCUUAUUGUUGAUUGGGUCGAGUGACCCCUUUACUAUAUAAGUGUUAGUUAUUAUUAUGGUUAUUGUCGUACUUUUUGUUGUUUUAUUAUUAGUGAUUUCUUUUCUGAGAAAAAUACACCAUUUUAAUGCUACUCUAGAAUGUGAUAAUCUUCCAUCAGACUUGAAUUCACCUAUGAUUGAAUCCACCUACGAUGAAAAUUAAUGCAUUGCAAAAGAGAAACACAGCAUCUCAGAUAAAGUCCCUGGACAAUGUAUCCUAUAAUUUAAGAUAGGGUGGUGAAUUUCUGCAUUUCAGAUAUCUAUGCUGCACCAGUAGUGGUAAUACUAUUUAGUGUAUUCUGCUGACACUCAAGGCCUUCAGGUCAGUGAUCUAAGAAAUUGCUUUGCUAUAAAUUAGUUAGAACAGUACCGAAAUUAUGUGUCUCAUAAUAGCACUCUGUAGAGGCCCGAUUGCUCUGUUGCCUGCUGAACCACAUGAUGACACACUUGCAUUGGCAGCUACUCCCUCAACUACCUUAUAAUUGUUUAACACAUUUAAUCCAGGAGAAUAAUAACACUGCUGGGAGUUUGUCGGGGAAGUCUGGCAUCUGCACACGCAACUCAAAACAUCACUUCUUGAAUUCAGUAUCAAAGUUUUUUUUCUUCUUCUUUUUUUUUAAAAUCUGCACCAUGUCAGGCUGGUCUACUAAAGACAAGUUAUCUACAAAACACAACAUUAUUCCAUAUCUUUAUGGGGGAUGACUAGACUACCGGAAUAUUACCAAGGUAAAUUAAAUUCAGCAGAUAAGGGGUGUAACACUAAGACCACCAAUGACAACA